UACUCAUUUAUUUUUCCCAUGGCAAUAUUCCAUCAAUGUUCCAACAAUAUGCUUCUAUUUAUAUUAUGGAUUUUCUCCAUGCUUUCAAUUAGUGCCAAUUCUCAUCCAAAUUGGCAUAACAAGAAGCAUCACACAUUAGGAAAUUGGAUAAACCAUGGUGGUGAUUUGUACAAUCAAAGAUAUGCUUAUGGAGAAAAGAAAAUUAGCCUUAUGAGUGCUUCAAAGUUGAGGUUAAAAUGGGAAUUUAAAGCUGGAAAAGAUAUAACGGCGACUCCAGCAAUAUUUGAUGGAAUAUUAUAUUUUCCUAGUUGGAAUGGUAAUAUAUACGCAGUUAGAGGUGAAGAUGGAGUUGUCGUUUGGAAAAAAAGUUUGAAAGAGUUGACUGGAAUUAAUGGGAGUUUUAAUUCAUCUUCAUUGCCUAAUGUGACAAGUAUAGUGGCUAGAGCAACACCAAGUGUUGUGUUUGAUAAGGAUUUGUUGAUUGUUGGUGUUUAUGGACCAAGUUUGGUACUUGGAUUGAAAAGAAGUAAUGGAAAUCUUGUUUGGAGUACAAAAUUGGAUCAUCAUCCUGCUAGUGUUGUUACUAUGUCUGGGACUUACUACAAGGGAGCAUUUUACGUCGGAACUUCAUCGCUAGAAGAAGGAGCUGAAAUCGAUAAAUGUUGUUACUUUCGCGGUAGCUUCCUCAAGUUAGAUGUCGAAACCGGAAAAAUUCUAUGGAAAACCUUCAUGUUGCCGGAGAACGGCGGAAAAAUCGGCGGUUAUUCCGGCGCUGCCGUAUGGGGAAGUAGCCCAUCCAUCGAUUCCCGGCGAAAUCAUGUCUAUAUCGCUACCGGAAACCUCUACUCCGUUCCCAAACGCAUUGAGGAUUGCCAAAAGGAGCAGAAUCAACAGAACCAUACAAAUCCGACCCAACCUGAUAAGUGCAUCGAGCCAGAGAACCAUUCCGACUCGAUUAUGGCAUUGGAUCUAGAUUCCGGUGAGAUCGAAUGGUAUAAACAGCUUGGAGGAUAUGAUGUGUGGUUUGUUGCGUGUGCGAAUUCGACAAACCCUAAUUGCCCGAUUGGCCCAAGCCCGGAUUAUGAUUUUGGGGAAGCUCCGAUGAUGCUUAGCGUGGUUGUUAAUGGAAGGAAGAAGGUAGACAUUGUAGCAGCUGUGCAGAAGAGUGGAAUUGCUUGGGCAUUGAAGCGUGACAAUGGCAAACUCUUCUGGACUACGGUAAGUGAAGAACAAUUUUUAUCUAUCAACUUGCGU